AUGGAUUCGUACCAGAUUCUUUUUUUUCAAGUGCGUGGAACGCCAUAUAAGUAUGGUUAUUAUCUGGUCGAUGGAAUCUAUCCUGAGUAUGCUGUGUUUGUUAAAUCGUUUUCAGCUACACAUGGUUCUAGACGAAAGAAAUUCAAGAGAGCUCAAGAAAGAGAUAGGAAGGAUGUUGAGCGUGCUUUUGGAGCUCUGAAGAAACGGUGGUUCAUAUUGAAAAAAUCAGCAGCUUAUUUGGGCGAGGAAAAACUUCAAGAAAUCAUGUAUACAUGUAUUAUAUUGCAUAACAUGAUUAUUGAAGAUGAAGGAAGAGCGAUAUGUGCGUUUGACGAGGAAGAAAUCGUACCAGAGACACAACCAAUAGAAAUUGGUGAGGAAGAGUAUAUAAACAGGAGAGCAGAGAUACGUUGCACCGAAACAUUUCACAAUCUUCGUAAUGACUUGGUGGAACACAUUUACGGGGUUCAAAACAUUAAUCUUAAUUUGGAUCCACCGGAUGACCCCGAAGACGAGUUCUCGGAGAACGACUUUAUUUAG